AUGGCACCGCCCAAUCUUGAACCCCCCAAGAGCCUCCUUGGCCGCCAUCGACUUCUGGCUCCCACUGCAGGGGUUUUUGUCAGCCCGAUAUGUCUGGGGACGAUGAAUUUUGGGGGUGUCAUGGAUGACUCGUUGGGCGAGUGCACCAAGGAGACGGCGUUUGAGAUACUUGAUUACUUCUACGAGAAAGGAGGCAAUUUCCUCGAUACUGCGUCGAGUUACCAAGCAGAGGAGUCCGAGAAGUGGCUGGGAGAAUGGUUAUCCAAGACCGGAAGACGUGACGAGUUCGUCCUGGCUACAAAGUACACGGGCAACUUCAAAGCCAGGUCAGAAUCAUACCGGCAGCAGUCCAACUUUGGUGGAAACGGCACCAAGAGCUUGCACCUGUCCGUCGAAGCGAGCCUCAAAAAGCUCCAGACCACCUACAUAGAUCUCCUUUACCUCCAUUUCUGGGAUCUGACUGCAGACAUACCCGAGAUCAUGCAGUCGCUGAACCACCUCGUUGCUUCGCGAAAGGUCUUGUACCUGGGUAUCUCGGAUACGCCCGCUUGGAUCGUGGUCAAGUGCAACGAGUACGCGAGGCAGCACGGACUCAGACAGUUCUCAGUGUACCAGGGCCGGUGGUCCGCGGCCGAUCGGGAUUUCGAGCGUGACAUUAUCCCGAUGUGCCGAGCUGAGGGCAUGGGCCUGGCACCCUGGGGCACGCUUGGCCGUGGCCUCUUCAAGCCAAGGGACCAGGUCAAGCUAGGCGGCCGAAACAUGCCGUCGAUGAACAACGGUCGAGAGCAACUCGUCUCCGAGCAGCUCCAGAAGGUCGCCGACAGCAAGCACGUCCCCAUUACGUCGGUCGCCCUGGCGUAUGUGCUUUACAAGUCGCCGUACGUCUUCCCCAUCUUGGGCGGCCGGAAGCUGGACCACCUCCGAGGCAACAUCGAGGCCCUGAGUCUGCGGCUGACAAAGGAGGAUAUUGAUGAGGUCGAGACGUCUUAUCCCUUUGACGUCGGCUUUCCGCACAACUUUCUGAGUGGGAAUACGAACCGUGGGCCGCGAGGGCCUGGGGAUGUGCGACCUGCCAAUGUCCGAGGGGUGUUUGACUAUGUCGAAGAUGUACAUCCAAUCCUACCUGAACUUAAAGAAUGA